AUGUUAAGCACAUACGUCGGGUACUAUCCGCCCGGUACAUACGUCGGGUACUAUCCGCCCGGUUAUUACGACAACGUCUAUACGGGAGACAAAGUGAUGGACAGGAGAUCCGAUGAAGAGGAGGAGGAAGACGUGUCCCACACUUAUGUCGACCCAAACAGCACUUAUAGCAACGAAUACCGCGAUAUCGUUGACCACUUGAGUACUGAUAAUAACAAUAGUUAUACUCAUAACGAUUUGGAUGAGGACGGGCUCAUUAAGAAGAGUUUCGGAUAUAGGGUUACUGUCUAUCGAUCGCCACAAUCCGGCGACAGUAAUGUGACGGAAGAAGUGCUAAACGAUGGCAACGACUUGUUGUCGGAUGAGAUGACUGCCAGCGAAUCUAACGACGACUACACCGUCACCACUGAUGCCAAUGGCGGCGACGGAGGCGACGAUCAAAUGAUUACUUCGGAGUCAAAUCAAUUGAAAAGCGAGAGUCAAACGGGUCUUAAGGGCAGUGCGAAGGGAAUGGACUAUAAGAGGAAUCAAUACAAUAGAGAUCGCGGAUCUAAUUCACGCGAAGAACUCAAUACCAAGAAAAAUAAGAAAGUGGACACUCAUGACAGGCGAGCCAAUAAUGAGAGGGCUCUCAAAGAGAGGACAAUUAUCGAGUUUUUUGAACGAGAGCAAAUACUGGACUCGGCGUACAAUAAGGACAAAUUGAAUGAUCCCGUGGACGGCCAGCACAACCAUAAUACCGAUGAUCAUCACACGUCCGGUUCAAUGACCAGUGCUGUGAGCGGCUCUCCCGACGGCUCAUCCGUCACACCGACCGGCGGAACCCUCGACGCAAAGGGCGCUCACGAGUACACCGAU